UUCAACUGGCAGAUAAGAUAAUGAUUAUCAACAGAGAUCAAAUUAGAAAGGCCCUCUGGCACAUAUGAGAGAGAGGGGACGCACCGUUCUAUCGAGCACGUGUCUCAUUCAGCGGUGACGAGUCAGCAAAAUCCCUAGCACGUGUCGCCACUCUGUUUGCAUCUCCACCGCAGGAUGGAUAGUGGGUUCAUCAAACGGCAGAUAUCAAACCAAUUCGUACGCAGGACAGAAGAAAAAGCGUGGGAAACCAUAACGGUCACGCGCCAAAGGAAAGUGCGCGCCACGUCAUCAAAGGCCAAUAAGAGACGCGAUUGAUUAUAGAAAGAGCAAUCCUUGGAUUGGAAUUGGAUAAUAGCCACCAACCAGAAUCAAAAUAAGAAAAACAGAGUAAUUUUGCAUCGUCGUCACACAUGGAGAUCUCCGGCACCGUUCUCCGUCAGGUCAGCUACGUCUCCGGCUAUGGGACCCACACGCGGUCCCGCGGCCUGGCUCCUCGUUUUGGGGUGAGGAUGGGGAUGGGUUCUGGUUUCUGUGACGAGGGGCAUUUGCGGUAUUACCAGGACACCAAAAAGGUUCUCACCCCAAAGAAGAAGUUGAAGCUGCUCAAGGGUUUCUCCAAAUUAGGGCUUGCAUCGGAUCCCGAGAAACUCGCCAUGUUCUAUGAUCUUCAACAAAACCUCACCUCGGAUGCUGGAGAUGUAUUACUGAGAGAGUUAGAAGCAGCAAGAGCAAAGGAGAAGGAAGUGAAGAAGAAAAGGAAACAAGAGAAGAAGGCCAAACUCAAAGCUGCCAAGAUGAAUUGUGAAUCUUCUUCAUCUUCAUCGUCCGAAUCAAGUGACAGCGAUUGUGGUUGUGAUCAAGUGGUUGACAUGAACACCUUCAGAGCUGGUGUUGGUGUUGGUGUUGGUGUUGGUGUUGGUGUUGUUGCCCCUGCACCUGUCGAGGAAUCCCCACUGCCCAAGACCGCCCCCAUUGUUGAGGAUGCGAAUGCGCAUUGCGUUGCCAUGGAACUGUGUUCUAAGAAUGAUAUAUAUGUUAGCAGUGCUAGUAAUGGUUUUAAGAACGAGAGUGCUGUAGUUACCUCUGCUCCUCAGAAGAGGAUUGAGGUAUGCAUGGGGAACAAGUGCAAAAGAUCAGGGGCUGCUGCAUUGAUGCAAGAGUUUGAGAAAGUGGUGGGUGUUGAAGGUGUAGCUGUUGUUGCAUGCAAGUGCAUGGGCAAGUGCAAAACUGCUCCUAAUGUUAAAGUUCAGAAUUCUGUUGAUCAUAAUAGCCUGGCUCAGGGACUUGAUGAUUCUGUUAAGAUUCCUGCUAACCCUCUAUGCAUUGGGGUUGGCUUGGAGGAUGUGGAUGCCAUCGUGGCUAGAUAUUUUUGGGAGAGUCACACAGAUAUAGGCAUGGCAGGUGCAGGUGCAGCUACAGCUACUUGAUGUUGUGGGAAUGGCUAGUGUGUUAUUUGUAAUUAUAUAUAUACGUAGCCAGGAUGCCGAGGAAACAUUAUUGACAAUGGUUUUUUUUAGUUGUUCAUAUUGUAUAAUAUAAAUUAGUUAUGAAGUUUCUUUUCCUUGUUUAUUGGGAAUGCCAUUCCAUUGUUUCACUCUUAUACAAUAAUUGGCUGCAAUUAGCCGUUGUCA